ACCAACAAGGGCUUGUGACCCUGGAUCAUUUGUAUUUGCAUCCUCCCUUUGGGGGACUGAUAGAAGGCAGUCAUUUCACUCAGAUUUAAUUUGAUGUGCUUUUCAAAUGGCAGCCAAAAAGAAAGAAGUGAGCCUCCAGACAUCCAUCACAAUCCAAGAGCAAUGGGAUGAAAUGCUUGCGACAAAAGGUUUAACAGUGAUCGAUGUGUACCAGCAGUGGUGUGGUCCCUGCAAAGCCGUGGUCAGCCUCCUGCGGAAGAUCAAGAACGAGCUGGGCGAAGACCUGCUGCAUUUUGCCACAGCCGAGGCAGACAGUAUGGAGGCUCUGGAGAAGUACCGGGGGCGUUGUGAGCCCACCUUCCUGUUCUUCGGGGGGGGCCAGCUGGUGGGGGUCCUACGGGGAGCCAAUGCGCCCCUGCUGCAGAGGAGGGUGCUGGAGGAGCUGGCCAAGGAGAAACUGGUGAUGGAGCAAGGAGGGGCGAGGAGGACGGUAGAAGAUGACGGUCUGGUGGAGGAGGAGGAGGAGGAGGAGGAGGAGGAGGAGGAGGAACACGGGGACGGCAUCAAGCUCCUCCAUGAUGAAAGCAUGCUCGUCCCUCCCAGCGAGGGCUUCACCCUGGCCAUCCUCAAACCAGAUGCAGUUGCUACCGGCAAUGCAGAGGAGAUCAUUACGAAGAUCCGAGACGCUGGCUUCCAGAUCCUGGCCCAGGAGGAGCGAGCGCUGGGCGAGCAGGUGGUGCAGGAGCUAUAUCGCCCCCAGGAGGCAGAGGUGUGUCCAUACUUCGAGGAGUUGGUGCGGUUCAUGUCCAGUGGCCCCUCCCACAUCCUGGUGCUGUCUCGGGCGGGACCGGGGCCAGCAAACGUGGUCCAGGCCUGGCUGGACUUCAUGGGGCCCACUGACGUAGAGGAAGCCAAAAGGGACAAACCACACAGCUUGCGGGCGAGGUACGGCACGCGGACGCCGCUCAACGCUGUGCACGGCAGCACGGACCGCCUCCAGGCCGGCAGGGAGCUGGCCCUCCUCCUCCCCCACUUCAGCCUGGCCGGGGCGGGGCAGGAAGGGCAGGAAGGGCGCGGGGAGCGGACGCUGGCAGUGCUCCGCCCCGCCGCCGCCAGGGACCGCAGAGAAGAGCUCCUGUCCCGGGUCGGUGCUGCAGGCUUCAGGGUGGCCCUGCGGAGGGAGCUGACCAUGACAGAGGACCAGGUGAGACUGUUCUACUGUCACCAUGCCGACGAGGAGCCCUACCCCACCCUGCAGAUCAGCAUGACCAGCGGGCCGGCCCUUGCCCUGGUCCUGGUCCGAGACCACGCCAUCCAGACCUGGAGGGCCCUCCUGGGACCGGCGGACCUCACCCAGGCCAGGAAGGAGGACCCAAACUGCCUCAGAGCGCUGUUCGCUGUGGAGACGGAGCCGCUGAACCAGCUGCACGGCAGUGCCAGCGCAGACGAGGCCCAAAGGGAGAUCGACCUGCUGUUCCCCGUCCAGCGCACCCUGGCCCUCAUCACGCCGGGCGCCCUGCAGCAGCACAGAGAGGAGAUCCUGGAGGAUGUCAGGGCCGCAGGGUUCUCUGUGGUCCGGGAGAAGGAGGCGGUCCUGAGCAGGGAGGAGGCAGAGGACUGGUACAAGGAGCAGCGGGGCCAGCCGGCCUUCACCCCGCUCCUGGAGGUCCUGUGUGGGGGCCCCUGUCUGCUGCUGGUGCUCACCAAGGAGAAUGCCGUGGAGGAGUGGAUGGCCCUGAUGGGCCCUUUGGACCCGGUGGAGGCCAGGGAGUCGGCCCCCGGCUCCCUGAGGGCCCGCUUCUCCUCUGACCUCAUCCACACCGCCGUGCAUGGCUCCUCCAGCGAGCAGCACGCCGAAGAGCACAUCCUCCGCCUGUUGGGAGACCUCUCCUCAGACCCGGGGCUCUCUGGACCUGCUGACCCCCCAGAAGAAGCAGAGGAGCCGGUAACAGAGGCAGAGGGGAGUGUCUCAGGGUCAGGUGCUGAGGUCCCCCCCUCAGGGGCCCCUGAUCAGCAGUGUGCCGAGGGCCACCCUUCAGGGACCCCUGAUCAGCAGUGUGCCAAGGGCCCCCCCUCAGGGGCCCCUGAUCAGCAGGGUGCCGAGGGCCCCCCCUCAGGGGCCCCUGAUCAGCAGGGUCCCGAGGGCCCCCCCUCAGGGGCCCCUGAUCAGCAGUGUGCCGAGGGCCACCCUUCAGGGACCCCUGAUCAGCAGUGUGCCAAGGGCCCCCCCUCAGGGGCCCCUGAUCAGCAGGGUCCCGAGGGCCCCCCCUCAGGGGCCCCUGAUCAGCAGGGUGCCGAGGGCCCCCCCUCAGGGGCCCCUGAUCAGCAGGGUCCCGAGGGCCCCCCCUCAGGGGCCCCUGAUCAGCAGGGUGCCGAGGGCCCCCCAUCAGGGGCCCCUGAUCAGCAGGGAGCCGAGGGCCCCCCCUCAGGGGCCCCUGAUCAGCAGUGUGCCGAGGGCUACCCUUCAGGGGCCCCUGAUCAGCAUGGGGCUAAGGGGGGGCAUGUCCCGGGGUCUGGCCCCCCCCCAGGGCCCCCUAACCAGCAGGGGGCUGAGGGCCCUGCCCAGCAGGAGACCGGUGAUGAGCCAGGGGUCCAUGAAGCCCAGCAGCAGAACCAGGAGCAGUGUUUUAACAGCUGAGGCAGGUGGCUCAGGAAGUAGAGCGGGUUAGCUGGUAACCAGAAGGUUGCUAGUUUGAUCCCCGGCUCCUCCUCACUGAGUGCCGAGGUGUCCCUGAGCGGGACACCUCACCCUGAUUACGAGCUG